UACAUAUCUGAAUCCCUCAACAAUUCCGAUAUAGAGUAUAGAAAUUCUUAAAUCUGAAGAAGACGCUGAUUCCGAAUUGCACGAACCGUGUAUAUUUCCAAUGGCUUUUCACCGGAGCUCCGUUCUUCUCCGCAAGGCGAUCAGCCGGCGCACGGCGGCGCUAUCGUCUUCCUACAAUUAUUCGCUGCGCGAUUCAUCCAAUUGUUCCGAUUUGGGGAGAUGGUAUUCAAGCUCAGGAUCGGAGAGUAAAGAAGGCGGCACAACCACCAUGCCGGCGGCGGGGUACCACGUCGGCGGCGGACCGUCGUACAUGCGGGGAGCUGUGUUUUGGGAAAAGAACAAACCCCUCACUUUCGAAGAUUUUCAGAUGCCCCGCCCUAAGGCCAACGAAGUUCUGAUCAAAACCAAGGCCUGUGGGGUUUGCCACUCCGAUUUGCAUGUGAUGAAAGGCGAGCUUCCUUUCGCGAGCCCCUGUGUUGUAGGGCACGAGAUUACUGGUGAGGUCGUUGAACAUGGCCCACACACUGAUAGUAAAACCAUCGAAAGAUUCGCUGUCGGAUCUCAAGUUGUUGGAGCUUUCAUAAUGCCUUGUGGAAGUUGUUUCUAUUGCUCUAAGGGUCAAGAUGACUUGUGCGAGCCUUUUUUUGCUUAUAAUCGAGCGAAAGGGACACUUUAUGAUGGCGAAACAAGGCUUUUUCUCCGAAACAGUGGCAAGCCAGUUUAUAUGUACAGCAUGGGAGGUCUUGCCGAGUACUGCGUGGUACCUGCAAACGGGCUGACCAUAUUGCCAAAGUCGUUGCCUUACACAGAAUCUGCUAUAUUAGGAUGUGCAGUUUUUACCGCCUACGGUGCAAUGGCACAUGCUGCUGAGGUGCGUCCUGGUGAUGCCGUCGCCGUCAUUGGAAUCGGGGGUGUUGGCUCAAGUUGUCUGCAGAUUGCAAGGGCAUUUGGGGCUUCCGAGAUAAUUGCAGUCGAUGUUCAGGAUGAGAAGCUUCAGAAAGCCAAGAUAUUUGGAGCCACUCAUGCCAUUAAUGCACUAAAGGAAGAUGCCGUUGCGAAGAUCAGAGAGAUUACAGGAGGAAGGGGUGUGGAUGUAGCUGUGGAAGCCUUGGGCAGGCCACAAACAUUUUCGCAAUGCGUACAAAGUGUACGCGAUGGCGGAAAGGCAGUAAUGAUUGGCCUUACCCUCUCAGGGGCAAAAGGGGAAAUAGAUAUAAACCACUUGGUUCGCAGGCAGAUAAAAGUGAUUGGGUCUUAUGGAGGUAGGGCCAGACAAGAUCUACCGAAAUUGGUGAAGUUGGCGGAACGAGGCAUAUUCAAUCUCGAGGCUGCUGUUUCGAGGAAGGUGAAAUUUGAAGAAGUGGGCCAGGCAUAUAAAGACCUUGACGAUGGAAAUAUCGUAGGGCGUGCUGUGGUCGAGAUUAUGUGAUCAAGAAGGUCAUUACAUAUAUUCUUGUGAAGCUAUAUUCUGUAUUGUCUCCAUCACUUUCUUGCAACCUUUGACUUGUUUUUGUUAUAGUCAUGAGAAUGUGUAAUAAUAGCAAUAAUCUCAGGUCUUAAAAUGUGAGCAUUUUCUUGUUUGUACCAAAAACAUGGUAUCUUUUCAAUGUGUGCCGUUGGUUCAACCUAGGGGUGAAAGUCGAUGGAGCGUAUCCGAGUUAACUUACAUUGCAAA